AUGAAUGUUCCGCUGGGAACUCAGGAUGCAGUAGGAUGUGGUUGUGUUGAACACAAACUCCAGAUACUGGAAUCUAAAAGUUUUAAAACAGAACCUCAGUGUGAGACACAAGGAUUUGAUGCUCAAGAAUCUCAUGAAUCCUGUUCAGAUGUUGUGUCUCCCAGUGUGAAGAGUGAAAGUGAUCUGGACUCCAGCUACACUGCAGAUCUGUCCAGGAUUCAGUCCCUCAGUUCUGCAGGACUGGAAACUGAGUCUCAUCAGGAGUCUGACCAGAUUAAAACACAGGACAAGGGACAAGUGAGCAUCUGUACAGGAACUGUCGAGAAUCAUGAACAGAAUCACACAGGAGAGAGACUGUACUGCUGUGAACUGUGUGGGAAGAGUUUCAGUCGGGCAGCAGCUCUCAAGUAUCAUGAGCGGAUUCACACAGGUGAGAGACCGUACUGCUGUGAGCACUGUGGGAAGAGUUUCCAUUUGGCAGCAGCCCUAAGGUGUCAUGAACGGAUUCACACAGGAGAGAAACCGUACUGCUGUGAACAGUGUGGGAAGAGUUUCAACCAGGUAGGAGCCCUCAAGAGUCACGAGCUGAUUCACUCAGGAGAGAGACCGUUCUCCUGUGAACAGUGUGGGAAGAGCUUCACCCAGCUAGCCAAUCUCAAGAAGCACACAUGGAUUCACACAGGAAAGAGACCCUUCUGCUGCAAACACUGUGGGAGGAGUUGCAAUUCUGCAGCACACCGUAAAAUUCAUGAACGGAUUCACACUGGAGAGAGACCUUACUGCUGUAAACACUGUGGGAAGAGUUUCAGCCAGACAGGAGCCCUCAAGAGCCAUGAACGGAUCCACACAGGAGAGAGGCCAUUCUGCUGCAAAGAGUGUGGGAAGAGUUUCAAGCAGGCAGGAGCCCUCCAGUAUCAUGAGCGGAUUCACACUGGAGAGAGGCCUUAUUGCUGUAAGCACUGUGGGAAGACUUGCAAUUCUACAGCACACCUUAAAACUCAUGAACGGAUUCACACAGGAGAGAGACCGUACUGCUGUGAGCACUGUGGCAGGAGUUUUAACCAGGCAGGAACUCUCAAGCGCCAUGCAUGCAUUCAUACGAGAUAGAAACCAUUG